AUGAAGGGGCCCAAGCCCAUUAACCACGUUGCGCAGCUGCCAGUCUGCCACUCAAUAGCACUGCCAUUCGCAGCUCUUUCGCACCGUUGCCACGGCGGGAGUGUUGAAAUCUGCCGAUGUGAUACUCUUGGAAGAUACGUAGCAUUCGGGAAAGUUGCUUCACUAUUUAGGACUCCACUUAAAUUUUGGCAUAUGGCCAUGCCAGGCAUCAGUGAUCCUGGAAUGGAGCUGUUGAUAGCACGGCUAACGAAAUUCAUUCCUGGAGAAGUUCGGCAAAAACCUGGUUCGGAUGAUAAAAGAUGA